AGCCGCGCCAGACAGACCUAUCUCAUCGUGAGAUCUGUAGGCUACGUUGGUGGCUCGGUCCUCACACGCCUUCAGAACCACCCCAGCGCGAACACCCUCGACAUUACGGCGCUCGUACGAUCUGCGGAGAAGGCGAAGGUGCUUCAGGAAGAAUUCGGCGUCAAGACCGCCGUAGGGUCCAAUGAGGACCUUGACAAGCUCGAGGCACUCUCGGAGCAAUCGCACGUUGUCAUCUCAUGCGCAGACUCGGACAACACGCCCCCGAUGGAGGCGAUCCUGCGAGGCUUGAGGAAGCGGCACGCAUCGACUGGCGAUCUUCCCAUCCUGAUCCACACCUCGGGCACAGGCGUGAUUGCCACGCCAGCCAAGGGCAUGUUCGCCUCGGACUUGAUCUACUCUGAUACCGACGUCGCACAAAUCAAAUCCAUUCCACCAACGGCGUUGCACAGAAAUGUUGACCUCACUGUGAUGGACGCUGACGAGCAAGGCUAUGUGCGGACCUACAUCAUCGUGCCGUCGACCAUCUACGGCCAGGCGAAGGGCCCUCUAUUCGAUGCGGGUAUCUCGAACCCAAUUUCGAUCCAGAUUCCGGGCCUCAUUCGCGCAUCGCUCGGCCGCAAGCAGGACGGCGUCGUUGGCUUGGGAAAGUCGAUUUGGGCCAAUGUCCAUAUCCACGACAUGGCGGACCUAUACAUCGUCCUUUUUGACGCGAUCACGGCAAACCCGCAGGGCAUCGGGCAUGGCUGGGAAGGCUUCUACUUCGGCGAGAACGACGAGCACACCUGGUACGAUGUCGGCAAGGCGAUCUCGAAGGCGCUGGUCGACCUCGGGAUUGGCGGAACGGAUGAGCCGAUGGAGUUGACGGACGAGGAGCUCACAAGGUAUUUGGGCUCGGUGGAUGCCGCCGUUCACGUAGGCUCUAGCUCGCGCUGCCGGGCGAACCGUGGCCGGUCUAUUGGCUGGAAGCCGAUAUACAAAACGGCAGGCCUGAUCGCGAGCAUCAAGCCCGACGUCGCUUGGUCGUGGGAGAAGGCCCAGAGGGAGAAUGGCAUCGAGGCACCGAUCUCGCGGUGA